CAACAUACUAGCGCAGUCAGAAUCACACCGCACGCGAGGAAGGUCGCGUCACACAUCUCGGUGCGCUUUUCCUCGUCACCCGAGCUCGACGUGAUUCUGAACAAACAACUAUCGCCAACAAGUGAUAAAAUCGAAAACAUUACCCGGAAACUGUGCCAUCGGUCCUCGUUACCGGCUAAUACUUACUGUGAUUGGAAGACGCCGGAGACGCGGCAAUAGAGUGAUAAGGAGUGUUGUGACAUUUAUUUGGACGAGUCCCGUCACCUGUUGACUCAUGUAUAUAGUUAUCAACGACGAUAUCAACAAAUCGCGUCGCGUGGUUCAGUAGUCGAUAAGCGGUGGAUGUAUAGCAUCGCGCGUUGGAUUGGAAAAUGCCGGUGUGCGGCUACGAAAAAAUGUCUACUCAGGAGUUGUGUCUAAUGGGGUACGCGGGGGCGCCGGAGUACAUGAUGACCCCGCAGCCCCACGUGUGGGACAAGCCAUCGGAGGCCGCGUAUCCCUCGUACGGCCACAGGAACCACCAAGAGAUUAGCACUGACGUCAACAUGACUUACCCCACAGAAGACAGUGACAUCCAAUUGGAGACGAGUAGCAGCGAGGCGAGUGCCGCCAGUUCCACAGCUCUCUCCCAGCAUUGCGCUAUCUGCGGCGACCGGGCCACGGGCAAACACUAUGGAGCGUCGUCCUGUGAUGGCUGCAAGGGAUUCUUUAGGAGGAGCGUCAGGAAGAACCACCUUUAUACGUGCAGAUUCAGCAGAAAUUGUGUGGUUGACAAGGACAAAAGAAAUCAGUGUAGAUAUUGUAGGCUAAGGAAGUGUUUUAAGGCUGGCAUGAAAAAGGAAGCCGUACAGAAUGAAAGAGACAGGAUAAACUGCAGGCGACCUUCGUACGAAGAGCCGACGCAAGCCAACGGGCUCUCGGUCGUGUCCCUACUGAAUGCUGAGCUUCUUAGCAGAAAGGUCAUAGACGAGACAAUCAACGUAAGCGACGCAGAAAUCAACAAUAGGAAGUUGGCGAAGAUCAACGACGUGUGCGACUCCAUCAAGCAGCAGCUCCUCAUUCUGGUCGAGUGGGCCAAGUACAUCCCCGCCUUCACAGAGCUCCAUCUCGAUGAUCAGGUGGCGCUACUGCGCGCACAUGCCGGCGAACACUUGUUGCUGGGCUGCGCGCGCCGCUCGCUGCAUCUGAAGGAUGUGCUGUUGCUAGGCAACAACUGCAUCAUCGCCAAACAUAAUAUUGAUGGGCGCAUGGACAUAGACAUAAGCAUGAUCGGAAUCCGCGUGAUGGAUGAAAUCGUGCGACCGCUCCGGGAGAUCGACAUCGACGACACCGAGUUCGCGUGUCUUAAGGCCAUCGUCUUCUUUGACCCCAAUGCCAAAGGUCUCUCCCAGCCGCAGAAGAUCAAGCAACUCCGCUACCAAAUCCAGAUCAACUUGGAAGACUACAUCAGCGACCGGCAAUACGACGGCCGCGGUCGGUUCGGGGAACUACUUCUGUGCCUGCCGCCACUGCAGAGCAUCACGUGGCAGAUGAUAGAGCAGAUACAGUUCGCGAAGCUGUUCGGAGUGGCCCAUGUGGACAGCUUGCUGCAGGAGAUGUUGCUCGGAGGCGCGUCGGCGGAGGGCGGCAUGGAGGCGGAGCCGGCGGGCGCGGAGCCGCCGCUGGUGCCGCAGCUGCCCAGCCCCGCGCCCUUCGUGGACCACGCGCCCUUCAAGCAGGAGCCCAACAUGAGUCCCGCGCAUGCUUCGCCAGUAAGGAGUGCCGACAUUACUAUGUUAUAGUGGAACAUAGCCUAAGGGUGAGACUAGAUAAGGGAUCGUCCAUCUUUCACGCUUUCUCCUCUAAUAUAAAUGGUACACUGCCAUUUCCUUCUUUAAAAAAGCUCCGCCAAUCUUUUGACACGCUUUGCCAACACAAAUUAGAAGAAUUAGAACGCAAAGAAGAAAGAUAAUUUUAUUUUAAUAAACAUGAUAAAUGGACGAUCUUUUAAGCGUAAUAUCAACCUUUUAUCAACUACGUUGUAUUUUAUAUUUGAGUGUUGUAUUUACUCAAACGCCCCAGAGUUAAGACUAUAUUGACUUUAAGGAGUGCCUUCUAUUAUAAUAAUUGUGUUUGCCAAAUAUAAGGCAAGUUUAAAUAAAGUGGCUGCAUGCAAUUUAAUAUUUUGUAGAUUAUAAUGUUAUGACAGCGGUGCCUGUAAUUCGUAAGGUAAUAUUUACAUUAAAUACGUAGGUGUAGGUUCUGCCAAUUUCCGAGUUAUUUAUACAAUGUUAGAUGUAGGUUUUGGAAUUUUAUAUAUUGUAAGUGCAAUCACUUCCCUCGGCUGUGUAAAGCAUGUUUAGGUAACAUAUCAAGUUAGAACAAAUUGAAAUCAUUGAGUUUCCUUUAAAACUAAACUUUCGUAUAGAUAUUUUUUAUAUAAAUGUUUUAUGUAUUUUUAGUUUUCUGUUCACGUGGUGUGGUAAUUGAAAAGAUAGUCUAAUAAAUGUAAGACUAGUUGGUUACCAAGAGAAAGACAGGGGUCCGGUUAUCCUAUUAUUAAAAUCGUUUGUAAGUAUUUUUACUGAUUCAACGUUGGACUUUUGUCAGGAGUAAAAUAUCUUUUUUAUUCAAAUUUGUGUUAUCAGCACAGCUAUGUUUUGUGGUGCAUAAAUUAUGCAUUUUGUAGUAUAUCUUUUAUUUAGUUAUAAUGAUUAUAAAAUUGUAUUAAUUAACUAAAUGCUCAACCCUUGCUGCUUGUUUUGGAAUUUACCAUUUUGCGGUGAAAGUUUCGUUAGGGAUUAGUGCGAAAACCAAUUAAAAUAGGUGCCUUAUGUCCCUACACUCGGUAGGUUGGUGUAUUGUUGAAUGUACAUACUAUGUUAUGACUUUUUAGUAGAAUAUAUUUUAAUAAAUAAUCUGUUACACAA